GCUGUGUUGUUCCCGUCGCAGCCCUGUUCUAUGCUUAAGGAAGCUGGGUGGAGAGGAGCUGGUCCCGGAGACUGGGCAAGAAAGCAGUUCAUCUUACAAAGUCAGAGGUACCAUAAAAUGAGUAGUCAGAGGUUUUAUGUACCCACUCCACAGCCCAUGAACACAUUAAAGGUGGAGUACUUUCAGCUGCACAGGUUUUCCAGCAUUUCAUCAAUGAUAAAAUCUAUAUGACGAGACACAAAUAAACAUGCUAUCACACUUGUCACAAAGCUGCUGGCAGAUCUGAAACUCCUUAUGGCUAUGUAUGAUGAAGACAUCUUGAACAAUCCCUUUUAUUUAGCUAUCCAGAAACAGAGGCCUGAUUUAGUUGAUAAAGUUGCAGUGGCACACGGAAUUGUCCUGGUUCCAUGCAAGGGGAGUGUUUCCAAUAUAUUGAAUUCUGCAUGUCCUUUCGAAUCAUAUAUUUUAAAGCCAACAGAAGGUGGUUUUGAAACAGAAAAUGGAAAGGAGAUCUUCAUUCAAGGAAACCUGGUUAAACUGGGUUCGGGUUUUGCCUACCACCUCACCAUUCCAAUUCUUUUUGAGGAGACUUUCUACAAUGAAAAAGAGGAAAGCUAUAACAUUUUGUGUAUUGCGCGUUCAUUAGAAAAAGAGGAAAAUUCAGAAGAAGAACACCUAACACCCUCAAAAUUUUGCACUCUGAAAAAUAUAGAAGAUGUUAAAGAAUUUUUGGGAAAGCACGCCGAGAAGUUUGAUAAAAGUAUUGCAUCUUUUCGAAACGCAUUUAAGGUUGAAAGGAAAAGCCUUCGCCAUUACAUUGACUCUGUGAAUGCCCUGUAUACAAAAUGCCUUCAGCAUUUACUGCGAGACUCACACUUGAGAGCAAUAGCAAAGCAAGAAAUUCAGAUGAGCUUAAUGAAACAGGCAGUAGAGAUGUACGUACAUCAUGGUAUUUAUGACCUAAUCUUUAAACAAGUUGGAACAAUUGAAGCAAGUGAGGAUGCAGCAUUUAACAAGAUUACAAGAAGUCUUCAGGAUAUCCAGCAAAAGGAUAUUGGUGUAAAGACAGAGUUCAGCAUUAACAUACCCAGCGCAAAGCGUGUAUUAUGCCAUUUGAAUAGAUGCACGUCCCCCCAGCAGAAGCUGUUAUGCUUGCGGAAUGUGGUACAGACUAUUAUGCAUUCUUCUAGUCAGAGAGUGAACAUGGAGACAAUGUGUGCAGAUGACCUUCUGUCUGUGUUGCUUUAUUUGCUGGUAAAAACAGAGAUACCCAACUGGAUGGCAAAUUUAAGUUACAUAAAGAAUUUUCGUUUUUGCAACUCAACAAAGGAUGAGCUGGGAUACUGCCUGACCUCUGUGGAAGCAGCAAUUGAAUUUAUCCGUCAAGGAAAUUUAACAGAAACAGCAGCAGCAGAAACUGAAGAAAAAGAUAAGCCAUUUUUAUGGCAAAGAAUGAACUUAAUGUGCAGAGCCUCUUCUACUCCUAUUGAUUGCUUAUUCAAGCACAUUGCUGCGGGAAAUCAAAAAGACGUUGAGAAAUUACUGAGCCAAGGUGACAGUGAUGAAGAAAUUGUGCAAAAAAUGUGCCACCCGCUCUGCUCAUGUGACAACUGUGAAAAGCUGGUUUCUGGGAAACUAAAUGAUACUUCAGUAGUUACCCCAUUCUCAAGAGAUGACCGAGGUUAUACUCCCCUUCAUAUUGCAGCACUUUGCGGUCAGGCUCAGUGUAUCGACUUGCUGAUCUCUAAAGGAGCUGUAGUUAAUGCCACAGACUAUCUUGGUUCAACACCACUUCAUCUCUCCUGCCAGAAAGGCCACCAGAAGAUUGCACUUCUGCUGUUGCAUUAUAAGGCAAGCAGUGAUAUACAAGACAAUAAUGGCAACACACCACUACAUUUAGCUUGUACAUAUGGGCAUGAAGAUUGUGUGAAAGCUUUAGUCUAUUACAAUUUAAACUCAUGUAAAAUUGAUAUGGUUAAUGAGAAGGGAGAUACAGCCCUCCACAUAGCUGCUCGAUGGGGCUACCAAGGAAUUAUUGAGGUCCUGCUAGAGAAUGGAGCUAAUACUGACAUACAGAACAAGAGGAAGGAUACGCCUAUGCAGUGUGCUUUAAAUGAAAAGAUUCUCACGCUCAUGGAAACAGUCUAUGUAACAACCGACCGGAGACAGAGUAUCUCUGAGUCAUUAAGCAGAUCCCUUCAGUCUGAAGAAGCAAUCAGUGAAUCCUCACAGUCCAGUUUGUCUUCUGCAUCACCUGACACCAGACAGGAAGAUGUGAAAAGCAAAUACAAAGAGGUUGAAAAACUUCUUAGAGCUGUUUCUGAUGGUGAUCUGGAAAUGGUCCGUUACCUCUUGGAGUGGGUGGACGAUGACUUUGAAGAAGAAGCAGAUGAUUCCCCAGUUCUGAAGAGAGAAUUUUGCCAUCCAUUAUGCCAGUGUACCAAAUGCGGUCCUGCUCAGAAGAGGCUGAGCAAGAUUCCGCAAAGUGGCCUGAAUGUUAAUGUAGCAAGCAGUGACGGCUUCACCCCUCUACACAUCUCUGCACUGCAAGGUCAUUUUGUAUUAGUGUGUCUCCUCUUAAAGCAUGGUGCCAGCGUUGAUGUAAAGAAUGGUAAUCGUGCUUUACCUUUGCACUUAGCCUGCCAUAAAGGUCACCUGGAGGUGGUGAAGGCGUUAAUGGAGUAUAGUACAGGGAAGAAUAAAAAAGAUAUGAAUGGAAAUACACCCUUAUUAUACGCAUGCAUCGGUGGCCACCUGGAAAUUGCAUUAUUGUUAUUAGAGCAUGGCGCAUCUGUUAAUAUUCGCAAUGUUAAAGGGAACACUGCUCUUCAUGAGGCCGUGAGGAGGAAUCAUGAUGGUUUAGUGCAGCAGCUGCUGUUAUAUGGUGCACUAGUGGAUGUAAGGAACAAACGCCAGUACACACCACUGGACUACGCUAAAGAGAAUUCCAGGAUUAAACAGAUUUUGCUGACAAGUGAUGAAACCGCUGGAAAUGGAUUUGCUACAGAUGAAAACACCUGCAGCGUUAGGAAAAAAUCAAGCAACUCAAGUCCUAGAGGGGAAGAGGGAGGACUUACAGCAAGGCAGCAUGAGGCGGCUAAGUCAACUGGCUUGAAAAAAACAAUACGAAGGGACAAAAGUAUGCCUAAUUUUGAUGAUGACCUACUAAAUAAGCAGAUAGAGGGCGGCAACUUGAAACAAGCCAGCAAUGAUAAAAUGAGCAGAAGCAGCGUUGAAGUCCAAGAAGCCCUGGAAGAUGAUGAGCGACUGUCUCCAGGAAAAACAAAACUUUUUGUGAGAAGACAUAGCCUAAAUGUUCCUUGUUUAGUAGACACACACGAGGACUCAAGUGAGGCCACAGAUACCUUAAAUGGGACAAGUUCCCCCUUGUCUGAAACUUGUGAUCUGGAUUCAGAACAUGAAGUUUGUCUGAGCAACCAGGAGUUGUCCGAAAUGAACUGGCAAAAGGAACCCUUUCCUGAAAGGACCGACAUUAAAGGACUUCUAAAAACUGAUGAUUUUGACUGUUCUGGAAAAAACGACUGUUCUUGUGUGGCUUGUACUUUAGCAUUAGAAUCUUCUAGGUCCGUGGCUGGUUUUUCUAAUCCGUCCUGCAGCGUGGGCUCCAAAGAGGAUGAUUUUGAUACAGUCCCUCUCUAACAUCAUCUGCCUUUAGUGCAAAGAAUUUAAACCAUAGGGCUAAGGUAAAAUAAUGACCUUGCUGCUGUGAUUUCUUUCCCUCUUUUAGUUCAGGGAAUGGAGUGCAGCAAACUAACUGUGCCUAACCUAUGAACCUCCAACUGUUGUUGGGCUACAACUCCCAGCAGCCCUGACAGCAGAACUAGGACUUGAUUAAGAGCUAUUUUUUGCCACGUUAGAUGUUUACUAGUAAAGGCAUAUAGUCCCAAACAAUAUUUGCUGAUGUAGCGUUUGUGAUCACUUAUAUGUAAUUUGUCACUGUAUGUUGUAUGUGGAUUUCUCAGAUCAGCUGAUUUUGGAUCUCAAUCACUGUUUUUUUUUAACUCUGAUUUUGCACAGUUACUACAGAAAGAAACCACAAGCAUGAUUUAGAUUUAACAAUGUUUUUGUGGACUGGCACUUUUGUCAACGUCAGAAAUAAAAAGCACAAGAGUCCACUUUAUGAAGUACAGCUUUUGAAUAUUUUGAUUUACUUGACAUGGAUCAGUGUUCAUUACUAAAGGAAGAUAGAGAUUGGAGCUUAGUGCAGCUUAUAUCUGAGCUCUUGAAUUAAAACGCAGAUCACAUAUCCAGAAACAUAGGAGUAUACAGCUUAUAUUUUUCUAAGCAAUUUAUCAUUUCUGUGGAUUUUCUAAUGUGCCUUUCACUUGUGCCAAAUACUAAAAUGUAAUAAACUACAUUAUGAAAUA